AUGCGCGUCGCUGUAGCAGGCACCUGCGGGCUAGCGCUUUCGAUAGCAAGGGAAAUUCACAAUUCCACAAGCCACCAACUUGUCAUACUGUCAAGAACACAUCAAACGGGUCUUAUAUCGCAAGGAUAUCAGUGUCAAGUCGUCGACUAUAACAACCCGUCUUCCCUUCAACAUGCGCUCAUGGGCGUUGACACUGUCAUCUCCACAGUAACAGGCAACUCUCAACUGCGGCUCAUCGAAGCAGCCGUACAGAAGCGAGUGCGCCGUUUCGCGCCAGCUGAGUUUGAAGGCCAGCCAGGACUGCGAGCUCAAAACGACGUGCUCGACCGCGGCAGGGAUGCAGCUAUGGCCUUGCUACAUUAUUACAAGGGUUACAUACAGUACACUGUGUUUGUCUGCGGUAUACUGUAUGAGAGGUUUGCUGUCAACGGGAUGAUAUCUCAUCGGAUCGGCGCCAGUACCGGAUUUGGCAGCGAAGGAGACUACAUCGCUGAUGCCCGGAGCAUGACCGCAAUAGCACCCAGCUGGGACGCUGGACAGAACCUGGCGUGUCUGUGCUUGACUUCCGCGUACGACGUUGCCCAAUUCGUCGUCAGGUCUUUGGAUAUGCCUACUUGGGCACCAGAGAUGUCCAUGUGUGGCGAGAGGAUGACCGUCAGUACUCUCGUGGAGACCAUCAGAGCUUGUAGAAAUCGACCAUGGAAUAGUAUCGUACAUCAAGAUCCUGCAAACCUUCAGUAUCAAAUGCAGGCAGCGCUUACCGAAGGCGACACCGCACAACACCGACGCCUCUCUCCGCUUCUCGCCACAGCAGAGGGCCGUUACGACUUCGCUGUUCCAGCAUAUCUCAACUCCGUUUACCCAGACAUAACGCCAACCCCUUUCCGAGCUUGGUUCCUGCGCAACUGGGCUUCGGUGCCUUGA